UCCGCGCGUGACCUUGAGUAGUAAAAUUAAUAGCAGUUCACACAGGCUCACACUUGGUGUUUGAGCAAUGGUGAAGGCGUACUUGAGGUACGAGCCGGCCGCAUCUUUCGGGGUGAUUGUGUCGGGGGACUCAAACAUCGCUUACGACAGCACCGGCAAGCUCUUGCUGGCAGCGGCUUUGGAGAAAGUCGGCGUGUGGCAUGUCCGCCAGGGCGUGUGUGGCAAAACUCUAGCUCCUGCGCUUUCCUCGACCUCCCGCGGCCCCGCUCUAGCAAUUACCUCUAUCGCUGCCUCCCCUUCUCCUUCUCUUAUAGCAAGUGGAUAUGCUGAUGGUAGCAUAAGAAUAUGGGAUUCUGAAAAAGGAACAUGUGAAACCACAUUGAACGGACAUAAAGGAGCUGUAACAGCCCUUCGCUACAACAGACUUGGAUCUCUGCUUGCAUCUGGGAGCAAGGAUAAUGACAUUAUUUUGUGGGAUGUGGUUGGGGAGGCUGGACUUUUUCGCCUUCGUGGUCACCGUGAUCAGGUUACAGACCUUGUUUUCUUGGAUUCUGGUAAAAAACUGGUUAGUUCAUCUAAGGACAAGUUUUUGAGAGCUUGGGAUCUGGAUACACAACAUUGUAUGCAGAUUAUUAGCGGGCAUCAUAGUGAAAUCUGGUCCAUAGACAUUGAUCCUGAGGAGAGAUAUCUUGUCACUGGAUCUGCGGACCCUGAACUCCGCUUUUACAUGAUAAAGCAUGAUUUUACUAGACAAGAACCUUUGGCAUCUGAAAAGAAAACUGUGACAAGUGAUAAAGAGACCUCAUAUGAAAAUAAAUGGGAAGUCCUGAAGCAGUUUGGUGAAAUUCAGCGACAGAGCAAGGACAGAGUUGCUACAUUGAGAUUUAAUAAGUCCGGAAAUCUAUUGGCAUGUCAAGUUGCAGGAAAGACAGUGGAGAUAUUCCGUGUACUGGAUGAGUCUGAAUCUAAGCGCAAAGCAAAGAGGAGAAUUCAUAGAAAGAAGGAGAAAAAAGCUUUAAAAGGGGCAGUUGAGAUGGAGAAUGGUGAUGCAAAUGUCGUAGCAGAAGAUGGAAGCUGUCCGGUUGUUACCGUCCCUGAUGUAUUUAAGCUUCUUCAAACUUUACGAGCUAGUAAGAAGAUAUCAUCUAUUUCUUUCUCUCCUAUUAGCUCGAAGAGCUCACUGGCCACUUUAGCGUUGUCUUUGAAUAAUAACCUAUUGGAAAUUUAUUCAAUUGAAAGCAGUUCAACUACAAGAACUAGCACUAUUGAGCUCCAAGGACAUCGUUCUGACGUUAGGAGUGUCACACUUAGCUCUGACAACACUCUUUUGAUGUCAACAAGUCAUAGUGCAAUCAAGAUAUGGAACUCCAGUACUGGUUCUUGCCUUCGUACUAUUGAUUCAGGAUAUGGUCUAUGUGGUCUUUUUGUUCCUGGUAACAAGUAUGCAGUUAUUGGUACAAAGGGUGGAACAAUAGAAAUUGUUGAUGUACGAAGUGGUACAUGUGUGGAAGUAGUUGAGGCGCACGGUGGUUCUGUUCAAUCAAUUGCUCCGACUCCAGAUGGGAGUGGUUUUGUUACUGGGAGUGCGGAUCACGAUGUUAAGUUCUGGGAGUACCAAACUAUACGAAAACCUGGUCAAGAUGCCAAGCAUUUGACUGUAUCUCCUACAAGGAACUUGAAAAUGAAUGAUGAUGUUCUUGUGGUGGCUGUCAGCAGUGAUGGUAAACACAUUGCUCUUGCCCUGUUGGACUGCACAGUUAAGGUAUUUUUUAUGGAUUCCCUCAAAUUUUUCAUUUCACUCUACGGUCACAAGCUUCCUGUGCUCUGCAUGGAUAUUUCGUCUGAUGGAGAUCUACUUGUGAGUGGAUCUGCAGACAAAAAUUUGAAAAUUUGGGGAUUGGAUUUUGGUGACUGCCACAAGUCUCUUUUUGCUCAUGCAGAUAGUGUUAUGGCAGUCAAAUUUGUUCGCAAUACCCAUUACAUGUUCAGUGUUGGGAAAGAUCGUCUUGUGAAAUACUGGGAUGCUGACAAGUUUGAGUUACUUCUGACUCUUGAGGGUCACCAUGCUGAGGUUUGGUGUCUUUCCGUCAGCAACCGUGGUGAUUAUCUUGUAACUGGAUCCCAUGACCGGUCCAUACGGCGUUGGGAUCGGACUGAAGAACCAUUUUUCAUUGAGGAAGAAAAAGAAAAACGGUUGGAGGAGAUGUUUGAAUCUGACAUUGACAACCCAUUUGAGAACAGAUAUGCUCCAAAGGAAGAACUACCAGAAGAUGGAGCAACAGCAAUAGCAGGGAAGAAAACUCAAGAAACUUUGACUGCCACAGACUCCAUUAUUGAUGCACUAGACAUGGCUGAGGCAGAGCUGAAGCGUAUUACUGAACAUGAGGAGGAGAUUUCUAUGGGAAGAAAUGCAGAUUUGCGCCCAAAUAUUCUUUUGCUUGGGCUUUCUCCAUCAGAAUAUGUUCUUCGUGCACUUUCUAAUGUCCACACAAAUGAUCUGGAGCAGACUUUGAUGGCCCUCCCAUUCUCAGAUGCAUUAAAGCUUUUAUCUUACUUGAAGGACUGGGCCUCCAUUCCUGAUAAGAUUGAGCUUGUCUGCAGGGUUGCUACAGUGCUGUUGCAACUGCAUCAUUAUCAGUUGAUUUCUACGGUUGCUGCCAGACCUAUCUUAACUCAUCUGAAGGACAUUCUUCAUGCAAGAGUCAGGGAGUGCAAAGAUACACUUGGUUUUAACCUUGCAGCAAUGGAUCAUCUGAAGCAACUGAUGGCUCAGAGAUCAGAAGCACUCUUUAUGGACGCAAAAGCUCGAUUGUUAGAAAUACGAUCACAAUAUGAACGUCGCUUUGAAGCAAGAUCAGAAACAAAGACAGAAAAGAGAAAAAGGAAGAAGCAGAAGAAAUCUGAUAGUGAACAUGUUUGGUCCUGACUUGCAUCCAUGACAUAUCCCAAGUACAUAUGCUAAAUCCACACAUUAACAGGACAACACUGCAAACCAUGAUGUAAAAAUAUCAAAGGGUUUCCUGAAAAAAAAAAGGAGUAAAUUCCAAUCAUACCUCAUUGUCUUGGCAGAUGAAGGGACUGGGGAAUGCUUUCCUUCCCCAUUUUGGGUUGUCUUUGUGAACUCUGGGACCUCACUUAAACAUCUGUCUGCUGCAGAGUCAAUUCUGGCAGUGCAGGUGGUUGUAAACUAGUGAUGCUAGUCUCAAGAUGUAACUUGAUUAUUGUACAACUUCCAAGCUCCUUUGUUCGAGAGAUGAUUAUUUUUACCAGAAGAAACGUAUUAUAAGCAAGUUUUUCUAGUUUAGAUUUGGUUGUAAAGAGAGAUGACUCUUAAAUGAAGCACAAAAUGGCAUUUAGCGCAUA